AUGGCAGAACUCAAUCCAAAAGCUGCAGUACCAUGGGCAGCUGAAGAACCAUUGUCCAACCUGACCUUUGUCUCAAAGGCGCGUCGGUUGGUGGUGGGAGGGGCUUGUGAAGGAGCGUCAGUCACGAGGCUGAAGAAACCGCUCCUGCUGCUGUUGCUUCUGCUGACGGCGGCUGAGCUCAACGGGCAGAGCGCGAGGGCGGCUGGGGAACGAGCGCUCCCCGGAAGUAACGCCAACGGAAAAAACGGUGUGAAACUGUGCGGCCGCGAAUUCAUCCGCGCCGUCAUCUUUGUCUGCGGAGGGUCCCGGUGGAAGAGGCUGACAGGAAGUGCCCCCCCCCCUUACAAUCAGUAUGCUCAGUCGAAUAGUGACAAAGAGAUGGAGGAUAUAAAGCUGCAGUCAGUCUUGAAUCCUGAACUGGAGUACCUACAACACAUUGGUCAACCAUUUGGACAGCAGCUGCUGAAAGUCCAGUUUAAUUUAUAUGGUGAUUAUAAUGCACGUGUUCCUACUUCUGAUAACUUCAGGGAAGACAUCUGCCAAAUAGAGAAUGCUGUUCAGCAAAGCAGAAGUGGACCUGGAUUGGUAAAAAAGAUGAAAUCAAAUAACUUUCCCUGGGUCAGUAGUCCCCGUAGAAAACGUGACUUUUCUAUGGGGGUGGCUAAAAUGUGUUGUAAAUGGGGAUGUACCCAAACUGAGGUUAGUACGCUAUGUUAA